CUUUACAACUUGAAUUAACCACAAUUAUUAUCGAGUCUCGACGUGACUGCUUAUAAUUAUGCCAUUAAGCGUAUACUGCGGAAUCAGGUGCUGCGUGCACCGGACAACGUUUAACAACCUCAGCCGACCACCUCGUCUUCUCCCUCCCCCCUUCUCCCUUCCCCUUUCCUUGAGCUUCAUGGAUCCUCCCGUUUCAGACGCAAUUCCUCAUUCCUCAGAACCCGGCCACUCCCUGCGACAUACACCAGACAUUGUGAGCUGUUCAACAGCUAAAACAGCUUGUCUGAGCUGUAAAGUGACUUGCCUACGUUAUUGCAUAACCCGCCUUCCCCCCCGAAACUCGCCACGGUCUCACCUCCGCGCAACACGAUUUGGCCACGACACUGCCACCUUGUGCUGGUCCACGGAGUCGUUUUCCUCUCCUGAAUAAUAAUAUUUGCAAUUAAUUCUUCUCUGUCUAUCGGUGACAGGCCCUGGAAAAAGGCAUGUCAGCGCGUCCGUCUACAGCGACUCGAACCCCCACAGCGCCGGCCGUCAUGGCAACCAACGGACACUUUGCCUCGAUCGGGGAGCAGCAGAGCGACAAGGCGGCGUACGAGCAUGGCGUCCAGGUGGUGGAUGAGAGCAAGGAGUUCAAUGCCAACCUGUCCAAAUACUUGACUCUUGAGAAGGUCUCCCCCGCCGGUUUCAACUACCAUCUAAUCUCCGUGUUUGGGUCUCAGUCGACUGGCAAGUCCACCCUGCUGAACAACCUCUUCGGCACACACUUCUCGGUAAUGUCCGAGCUGGAGAGACGGCAAACAACCAAGGGAAUCUGGCUAUCGAAGAACAAGAAGCAGAAUGAAAAUGACGACGAGGCCACCCGUAUGGCGGACAACAUCCUUGUCAUGGACGUCGAGGGUACCGAUGGCCGCGAGCGCGGCGAGGACCAGGACUUUGAGCGCAAGAGCGCGCUCUUUGCUCUGGCCACCAGCGAAGUGCUUAUCGUCAACAUCUGGGAACAUCAGGUGGGUCUAUAUCAGGGGGCGAACAUGGGCCUGCUCAAGACGGUUUUCGAAGUCAACUUGCAAUUAUUUGUCAAGGACAAAAGUACCACCCAUCGCUCACUUCUGUUCUUCGUGAUCCGUGAUUUUAUUGGCAAUACCCCUCUUCAGAAUCUUCAAAAAACACUACUGGAAGAUCUCUCGCGGCUGUGGGCUUCCAUCUCGAAACCUGCUGGCCUGGAAGAUUCGACUAUCCACGAUUACUUUGAUUUCCAAUUCUACGGCCUCCCUCACAAGGGUUAUCAGCCGGAACAAUUCGUCGCCGAGGUCAAGAAACUCGGCACUCGAUUCCGCGACGGCCAUCGCGAUCCUGCCCGGGAUGCGCUCAAGGGUGAGUUCUCCGAGGGCGGCGUCUUCCUGCCCGAAUACCACCGACGGAUCCCUGCAGACGGGUUCGCAAAGUACGCCGAAGGAAUCUGGGAUCAGAUCGUGAACAACAAGGACCUGGAUCUGCCUACGCAGCAGGAGUUGCUGGCGCAGUUCCGCUGUGACGAAAUCCUCCGGGAAGUCAUGGUUGCUUUCGAUGAGGCUGUCGUUCCGUUUGAGGAGAAACAGGCUGAGGCUGUCCGUCUGGGCGCCCCGGAGGUGCUUGGCGGCCUGGGUGCUGCGAUGCGUUCCUGGCGCGCAAAGACCGUCAAGGGCUUCGAGACUGAAGCUAGCCGGUACCAUAAGGGUGUCUAUGAACGCAAACGCGCCGAGCUCGAGGGCAAGAUCGACACCCGGCUGAAGGCUCUCUUCCAAGGCCAGUUGAGCGCCGCGCACAAGAACGGAGUCCAUGAUUUCAGUGAGGCUGUCACUGCUGCCGUCAAGUCCGGACAGAAGAAAGGCGCCAGCUACGAUUUCGCCGAGAUUGUCACGGAUGAGACCAAGUCAGCUCUGGACAAGUUCGAAGAAGUGGCGAGCGCCACGGUGGUGGAAGACACCCCCUGGAGUGAUUAUGCACAGGAGCGGAUCCUGUAUGAGAAGGAGCUGGCCGAAGUCAGCGGACGCCUCCGGCGAGACGAGAUGAGGCGCCUCGCGAGCAGAGUCGAACGAUGGGUCCAGUCUCGCCUGGGCGAAUCCGUGGGGCUGGAAUUCAACGCCCUCGGCACUGGCCGUGACUCCGGGGACAAACCGGCCGAGAAAGGGUUCUGGGACCGAGUCUGGAAUCUGUUUGUGGAGACCGUUCUCGACGCGGAGAGACGCUUCACCGACCGCGCCAGCAGUUUCGAUGCCAGCUUGGAGGAGGUCGAUGUAGGACUGUGGCGGCUGCGCCGCAAGUCCUGGGGAGUGCUGCGGGCGAAGAUCGAGGAAGAAAUGUUAGAAGGCAACCUGCUUCUGAAGCUGCGAGAGAAUUUUGAGGACAAGUUCCGCUACGAUGAGGCUGGUGUGCCACGCAUCUGGCGUCCCACCGACGACAUCGAAGGCCUUUACACCCGUGCUCGGGAGUCAACGCUCACCCUGAUCCCGCUCCUCUCGCGCUUCCGGCUAUCCGAGACGUCGGCGCCGCCUCCCCUCGAUCGAUGGGUUGGCCAUACGCCGAGUUCAGCAACCACUGCGGACGAGGAGGACCUGGCCCCCAUCGGCGGCGUGGACGAGCACGAAGGCAAGAGUUUAGAGGAGGAGGUGACAAUGCUCGGCGAGGCCAAACGGCAGGAGCUCACCGUGCGGUUCAAGAAGACCGCGGACGGCGUCUUUGUGGAGGCCAAGCGUAGCGCCAUCGGGGGCAUGACUCAGGUUCCCCUGUACUUUUACGGUCUCCUGCUUGCCCUGGGCUGGAACGAAAUCGUUGCUGUUCUCCGCAACCCUGCCUACUUCUUCCUCCUGUUCCUGUGCGCCGUCGGAGCCUACGUCACCUACCAGCUGAAUCUAUGGGGGCCGAUCCUGAAAGUGACCGAAGCUGCGUCACAGCAGGCUCUGCAGGAAGGCAAACGCAGGCUGCGCGAGUUCCUUGAAUCGUCCGACACGGGCAGACAGGCCAUUGCCAUGUCGGCGGGCGAAGAGUAUGAGAUGUCGAAUCUGCAGAAGAAGCGGCCGGCGUCACAGUCACCAGUCGCUGAAGACGAGGAUGACUUGUAGAGUAUCUUUCUUCUCUUUCUCUUCUUCUUCUUCUUCUUCUUCUUCUCCUGUUUUAUUUAUUCGUUUCCGUUUGGAUAAGUGUUUCUCUGUUGCAGCAUAUAAUUACGCAUAGCGUUUGCUGACCGACGUAGCAAGUAUAUCGAAGUCAGCUAGAUAAUGAACCAAUGUAUACUGCCACUAUUGCUGUCAUUCAAGGAGGAUUGUUUGUUUUCUUAAGCUUGUCGACGACUCUUUUGACGUCAACUGGCAACUUGUUUCUUUCCCCUUCCCCGCCCCGGACUUACUCCGUGAUGAUAUCCUCAAGUCCCCCCCCC